AAAGAAAAUAACUGUUUAAUAUGUUAGCAACAUCUUGUCAUUCAUUUUCGCAGAAGUUAACCAAGCCUUUGUAGUGUACUGCUUGGAGUAACAAAUUGUCAUUCAUUUGCUCAGAAGUUAACGAAGCCUUUGUAAUGUUCUGCUUGGCACCUUUUGUUUGAAAACAGAUUUUAUAUAGAUUGUGGUUACACCAGCCACGCUAAGCGAGGAAAGAUCCAUUUAUGUCUUAAUCUUUGGGACUGGAGGUGGGUUUCACUUAGUUGUAUGAAAACCAUCUGAGAAGUUUGCUAAUCUUCAGCUCAUCCAAAAAAAUUUGCCGUGCAUCCUCAGGAUCGAGAAAAGAUGGGACGUCCCUCAACCGAAACAUUUGCUCCUUUCAGUUCAGUCCAUCAACAAAUGCAGCCGGAGGAGGCGAGCGAUCCUUCGACUCAACAACAGUUUCAGCUCCAGCAGAAUAUACAAACCAGUCCGAUUGAUCCGAUGCAGGCUGUACAAUACUCGCCCAGAAAUCCACAGAUGAUGCCACUUUACUCGAUGCCGCGAUCUAAUCCACAGAAUCUGGCUGGUCCUGGACAAAUUCCACAAGCGAACCAAAGUUUUGGGGCUCAGCUGACUCCAUACUCGGGGCAACUGAUCCCCGUGAGCUCUCAAAUUCAAGCCGGUUUCCAGCCGUUGCAUCCUGUACAGGGCUUUAUUACAAGGCCGACAAAUGCUCCAGCUCAACCCUUCCACACUGCUGGUGUAAACUAUACUCAAGUGCCAUUUCCUCUGCAUAACGUGCCUCCUAUGCCUCAAGGGAUGAUAGUUCAAUUGCCACCAGCUGCUCCACCUUCUCCUUGGACAACGGGGUUGUUUGACUGCAUGGAUGACCCUUUGAAUGCGGUCGUGGCCUGUUGCUUCCCCUGCAUAACGUUCGGCCAGAUAGCGGAGAUUGUUGACCGAGGGAGCACAUCGUGUGGCACGAGCGGGCUACUGUAUGGCGGGAUCCAGUUUCUCAUCGGUUGCCCAUGCCUGUUGUCUUGCACUUACCGAACUAAACUCUGGAACCGAUUCAAUCUUAUCGAGUCUCCUGCUCCUGACUGGAUCACUCACUUCUUCUGCGAGUGCUGCGCUCUAUCUCAGGAAUACAGAGAGCUUAAGAACAGAGGACUUGACCCUUCCAUAGGUUGGCAGGGAAAUGCCGCGCAAAUGCAGAAUGUGCAGUAUCAGGUUGCUAUGAUGCCUCCAAUGCAUCAGCAACCCAUGAGAGCUUGACGAGGAACAUUGCAUCAGAUCUAUCGGUGUUGAGGAUCAUCCUCUUAUGCAAUUACCAAUGGAUCAGAAAAAUUUAUACCAAUAGACACAUGAAAUUUCAAUUUGCAAAUAUGAACAACAUGAUCUUUCCAAAAAUUUCCGUUGGUUUGAAGACCUCAUCGAGAAAAAAUUGUCAAAGUAUAUCUUGCAAUAGUUUGUGUCAUGAAACGUUCUUUUCUUUGCUACCAGUUAGACAGUUUCCGACUCAUAUCUCUAAGAUCAUGAAGCUUUGGAAAAUUCUGUGACAUCCAUUAUAUUCAUAGCAACGUUUGUUU